AUGGCCCGCGUCCCGCAAGCGAGAAGGCAGUUCGCGGCCAAGGACAGGCAGCAGGCGCGCCUGUGUGCCGAGCAGCGCCCCCGCGCCCCUCCCAAGACGGCUCUUGGCGUCUGGGGCAAGGCCGCCCCGACGCCCGCCGCCCGCCGGGUCCAAGACGCGCGCGCGCACGCGGCCAACUGCAACCGCUCAACGGUCGUUCUGAAGCGGCGCGGCUUCCCCAUGAUGGCCCCCGGGCAGGUCGACCUGCUGAAGAAGCGAGGGAAGAAGCUGGGCGAAGGCCACUUCAGCACGGCCGUUGUCACUCGCUGGCACGGGGCCGACGCCGUGCUGAAGGCUCCCCGUCAGAAGCCCAACGUCGGGCAGUUCGUGAAGGAGUGCGGCCUUCUCCACACUCUUGAAGGAGCAGGGGGAGCGCCAGAGCCGCUCGGCCUCUGCCUGUAUCCGCUCGCCCAGGUCAUCUCCUUCGCAGGGCCACAGACCCUCGGUGGGUAUCUGGAGGAAAGCCGGAGCAGCGCAGAGCUCCUCCGCCUCGCAGCCGACCUGUGCGGCAAGGUCAGUGAGGUCCACGAGAAGGGAAUCAUCCACAAUGACUUGAAAUUCGACAACGUUAUUGUGGAUGGGCGAGGUCAGAUCCACCUGAUUGACUUCGGCAACGCCAACCCUCAGGGGCAGACCUUCUGCCUCGUGUCUAAGGGGCAACGCUGCCCUUGGCUGGGCCCGGAGGUGUUCUCUCAGCACCUUAGUUCCCCCGCCCAGGAUGCCUUCUCCGUGGGCUUCAUGCUGGACACGAUAUCCAAGCUGAUGCCGUAG